AUGUCGCAAAUGCUGGAGUCGGAGGAAGCCGAGGCGUCUGCCACGCCCAUGGACAACACGAACAGCAGUGCGCGAGUGAGUUCGCAACAGGACGUGUCAGACUCGGAAAAGGCAGCACCACCUGCUUCAUCAUCACCAGCGCCUCCAGAUGGCGGCACGACAGCCUGGCUCGUGGUGCUUGGUGGCUGGUGCACAGCCUUCUGCAGCUUUGGCUGGCUGAACAGUAUCGGUGUCUUUCAGCAAUAUUACCAGAAGGUUCUGCUUCAUAACCAAAACGCGAGCACUGUCUCAUGGAUUCCUUCGCUUCAAAUAUUUUUUAUCCUCGGACUGGGACCCAUCGUUGGCAUGCUGUUUGACAAGUACGGGCCGCGAUAUCUUCUUCUAGUAGGCACAUUGAUGCACGUCUUUGGUAUCAUGAUGGCUAGUAUCAGCACACAAUACUGGCAAAUUCUCCUGGCGCAGGGUGUCUGUUCCGGAAUCGGCGUCUCGGCCGUCUUCCAGCCUCCUCUGAGUUGCGUCGCAGGAUACUUCAACAAGAGACGGGGCGCUGCAUUUGGCAUUCUCUCCACUGGCGCUUCGGUUGGUGGUGUUGUUUGGCCGAUCAUGGUGACGCAUCUGAUCAAAUUGGUGGGCUUUGGCUGGGCCAUGCGGACCUGCGCUUUUGUCAACCUGGCUCUCCUCACCAUCCCGAAUAUCACGGUCCGCUGCUUCCAGCCGCCUGUCCCGAAGAAGGUUACUGGAGCGCAGCUCGCCAAGCCAUUUCGCGAAGUGGACUACCUUCUUGUUGCGGCUGGUUUCCUCUUUCUGACAUACGGCGUUUUUGUGCCGCUGAACUACCUCCCUGUUCAGGCUGCCGCCGCCGGGCUGAACCCCAAUCUGGUCCAGUAUCUUCUGCCCAUUCUCAAUGGCGCAUCUCUAUUCGGUCGCCUCUUUGCUGGCUUCAUGGGUGACAAGAUCGGUCGUUUUAAUAUCCUGAUUGUAUGCUGCUACCUGUCAGGAAUCUGGAUUUUGGCGCUUUGGAUCUCCGACAGCAGCCAGCCCGCUCUCAUUGCAUUUGCUGCGCUGUUUGGCUUCUCGUCCGGAGCCUACAUUUCGCUUGUUACGCCAAUCGUCGCCCAAAUCUCUCCACUGCCUGAGAUCGGGUUCCGUACUGGCAUUGUCUUCUUUGUUGCCUCGAUUGGUGGGCUGACGACAAACCCUCUCAGUGGCGCGCUCAUCGACAGCUCAGCAGGUUACCCGGGAAUGAAAAUUUUCGCUGGCAUCAUUUGCUUAGUUGGAACGACAUUUAUCCUGGUAGAGCGCGUCAAAAAGACAGGGUUCAAACUCCUCGUUGCUUUCUAA